AUGGGCUUUUCGUGGAAUGUUUGGCCGUGGCCUUGGGCGUCUCCUGUCCACAUGCAACAACUUCGACAGCGAAACUACUGGGAGGACAAUUACCGCAAGGUGCGACGCACUUUGAACGCCCAAGAGGUUUUUGCCGCAUCACUUUAUGAUGAGAAUCGUGCCCUUAAAGAGCAAGUUGCAACGCUUCAGAAUGAAAACCUAGCCGCUGCAGAACGAUCCAGGCGUCAGGAGGAGUUACUCCUCGGCGCUCGUACUCAUGCCUCACAACAGGAAAAGCAGUACCAGCAACAGGUGAAUAGACUGUAUGCUCGGAUGCACACGCUGCAAUCAGGCCCGGCCCGUCUCACGGAUGAAAGUGUUCGGGACCAGAUGGGGCGUCUUUGCUUUGAGCUGGACACCUGGGUCAAGUUGAACUUCAGAGACACCGAUGAUCUGGAGCCUAUUGCAGAGAGCGAGGAGUUGCAUUCUACCUCGCCGCAGCGCUGUUCCUGGCUCCAAGCGUACGUACUCAACUUUGUCCAGGUUCUGAUAUUUGCCCCGCGCCGAUUCGGGUUGAAUGAUGAUGAGCCAUUCGGGCAUUGUGUUGCAGAGAUCGAAGAUAGUGUUCACCAGACAAACUCGCAAGCAGCGUUUCAUAACUGGAAAUUGGCUACUGGAUCUGCCAUCGAGGAGCUGACAAAGGAGCAACAGAAUGGCACUCUGGCAUACAUCAUUCAACAUAUCGAGACAGAAUUCCGCCCCGCGACACCACAAAGAUCCAAUUCCAGGAAGCAACAGUUGCGAACGUUCCUGGAGAAUUGCGUCGCUCUGAAGAACACCCUCGCGCGGCAGCCAGAUAACUUUACCUUCUUUCGCAGUCCCGCCGGGGCUGAGUUCUCUGCUGGGGCUAUGACGAGCUUCGAUGGUAGGGAACGAGGCACUGUGAAGCAUUCUCUCUGGCCAGCUCUUGUCAAGCAUGAUGGUGCCACCCCCUAUGUCAUCAUACACGCGGAACUGGUGUGGAUGGCAGACUAG